GUCUUCCGUUUUCGGCCAGAGCCGCAUCCUUGGAAAUCGCGAAGGAAUACUCCUGGAGGCUGAAGCCACGGGAACAGAAAACAAACCAAUGAUGAAUGAGGUCCUCAAGCCUGCCAGCUCAGAGCAUUCUGAUGGCUAUAUUUAUUUCUCCCAAAAAUUUCCAAGAAUACUUCCCGCUUUCCCAGCCCCACCCUAUUCUUUAUUCUGUGGUGGAGAUUAUGCUCACACCGGGCUGAAAAUACCACAGAUACAAGUAAUUGCGAUAUCUAUCUUCCAUCUAGAAACGGAUAUACUUUUCUGGCUGCUCUGCGAGCACUCUAAAAGUAGAGCGCUCAUAUGAAUCUGGAAUUCAUGUUAAUGGGCGUCGAAUUGUGGUCUCACUCUGCAUAUCAGCCUUAUUCCUCUCCCCUGGAAAGCAGAUCUCGUAUAUUUGUUGAUUCUUGACGCUUGUCUUUUGGUCUACAGGGCUAGAUGUGACCAUCACCCUAUUGAGACUUCAGCUAUCAUUGCCUCACUUUACUUUCUUGAUCCACCUCACCUGCUUUCUCCCACUUGGGAUAUUGACUUAUCUCUCCCUGUUCGAUUUCCUGUUUCUACCCCGCUUGGUUGACCCGGGAUGUUGCGUUCGCCAGGAGGAACAAAAAAGGCAAAGGGCAGAUAACAGACAAAAUAGAAUUUGUCCACUUUUAUUGUCGCUGAUAAACUCGCCGAAAUAGUUUAGCCAUUAAUAGCUGAAGACACUCUCGCGCUCACUGAUUGGGCCGCUCCCAUCCUUCUGGAACCCUUCUAGCCUCGCUUUUUAGUUUCGGAAAAUGCACAAACCAUACCUGCUUGUGUAAGGUUUUGUGGCUCUAAGACAGGGGCCUUUAUUUUUAUUUUGUAUUUUUUUUUUUAGAAUCCUUCUUGAUUUCAAUUGGUUCUUUGAUUCUUGUGUUUAGUCGGUAUUUCUGGUAUCUUGCCUUGGCAGAGGUGUCUAUCUGCUGCCCUUGUUUUGUGAUACCAACUUGACAUUUUGGAGGGUUUUUAUGAGGGUGGAGGUGGAGGGGAGGGAGUGAAAGUUGAUCCACAAUCGCGAUAUCCUAGGCUUUGAAUAAUAUAGGUGGGUUGGGAGGUGAACGGAUGCUUCUCUGCUGGAGCCACUCCUCUCCCACCCUGCUCCACCCCUCCGUUGACAGACUGAUUUUACUAUUCCACAGGGAUAAACAGUCGAUACUUCCCACUUCUAAAAUACAGCUUAGACAUGCCCUCUUUCUCGUGAACACUGAAUUACAGUGUACUUACAUCGUACAUUCCCUGCAGUACUGUACUGUGAUCCCCUAUAUGGCCCCCAAACGAGCAUUUGUGGGGAAUUAUGCUGGUUGAAAUGGGGCGAUCCAUGAUAUGAUCACGCUCCGCUCAACACACUUGGAUGGCCUCCGGUGUUGGGCAGUCAGUCACCUAUCUCCAAAGCAUAGACAGGCUAGAUAAGAUCAGGAUCAUGAACGGAACGGAAAUGGAGUCACAUCAUACUCUCGUCAAACUCAAUUCCUUUCAAUCUAUGCUCUUUUUACUUUAUCCAUGCUGGCUCUCCCAUUAUUAUUACAGAUGUGUGACCAGAAUAGUUAUCCAAACAGUACCCAUCAACCAUAGGGAUCGACUACCAACAACCCCAAGUCGCCGAUCUCUAGAUAGCCAGCAAUGGACUCAUGGAUUCUUUCUCUCCGUCAUCGCCAUCUUCGAAUCGCUCCUUGCGGCCAAGUACUUUUCAUGGGGGGCUAUUUGACUUUGUCGAUUGCUUCAGGAAAGUGAUAUCUUGGCUUGGAUGGGAAUAUCUAGAUGUCUACUUACUAGAUAUUGGGAGAACUCCGAGUUUCUAUAUAAUUACUACUGUUAGCGUUUCUCACUAGGUAUAAUGUUAUUGGUUGGAAGCAUAUCAUCAUUAUUGAGAUCUUUAUGGUAUCUGAGAUUCUUCAUAUGUCGCCUCAUCUCUUCUCGAUACUUUCUCUAAGCAAGGAUCCUCUGUUUUGGCUCCAACUAAGCUACCAACUCCAUUUCCACAAAGUCGAGUUCCGGAUGCGGACACGGACCCCAUUCAAUCAAACUUAUAUUUAUUAUAUGUCCACUAGAGAGACUAUAAGUAAUUGCGUGUUCACAGACGAAGUUAUGUUGCUAGAACCUUAAAAAAAUAAAUAAUAAAAACACACCUGUAGAACUGCCACCUUCUUCCGACGAUUCAAGAUACCUUUCCAAACCAAUAUGACAAACCCCCAGCAGGAAAGAGAAACGAGAGUACUCUGCACAACAAGCUCUCCUGAAUUUUGGUUCAUAGCCCCAUAACUCCUAGUGGUCGGUACAAACUGGGGAACUACUGUGAUAGAACUGUUCGGUGCGCACCAGUUG